UGUGAUGCAAAGUUUAUAAGAAAAUUAAAUAAAAAAUAAAAUCAAAUUUAAAAAAAGUUAUAAUUUUUAUUUGCAAUUUCAAUUUGAAUAGAGUAAAAGUGGUGGCCGCCGCGCUCCCCUCGGCGCAUGAUCGCCGCGAUAUUCAAUUACUGAUACGCCACGUUGGGGGGACUACCUGCAAACCGCUAUGUUUGAGCUACAAAUAUAAAUAAUUACAUAGAUCUGUAUAUACAUAUGUAUGUAUAUAUAUGUAUAUAUGUGUUUGUGUGUGUAAGGUACAACAAUAACCGCAGCAACAAGCGUCGCCACUCAGUCAUCACCGCGGAUCGUGUCCGGCGUUAAUUUCUGACUAAGAUUACCUCACAGCACAAUCGCAAUUGGAACGUGCGGCGCUGUGGUGCGGCACGCAGGGGUGCAUUUCACGGUUCGCGUAGUUAGAAUUUACCGAUUCCGACGACCGACGAUUGUCUAUGCUUACGGUGGUGUGCCUAAUUUGUUUGUUAUUGUGUUUUGCCUUUAAAUAUUUUUUUUUACGUGCCUACAGUGUUGUGAAAAAAUAGCAUUAUGUGGAAAUAUUAAAAAAUAAUACUAGUGAAUGAAAAAAUUAAAUCUAGUAAGUGACUCGGAUACAAACCAUAAAACUGCGUCUCUCUACAAAGUUUGCUCUACUCUACAGCGGAAAUGUAGCGCCCGCCUCCGCAAGCCCUGCAACGCGUACUUACUUACCUGACCGCCGCUGUACCAGCAGCCAGCCCACCUGACAGUCGCAAACGCUCUUGUACACACUCGCUUGCGUUCGCUGCACUCUCGCUCUUGUGUUCGUUCGUUCGCCAACGCCACCACCGUUAUUUUAGUGCAUCGGCGGCGCGCUGCUUAUCAAUGCGCGCUUCAAUGCCGUCAAUUAAAAAAAACGCCAUUCAAAUUUGUCGUCACCGCAAUGCCAAACGCUUAUAAGUGCUACAACAACAACAACAGCAAUAAUAAUAAUACAAAUUGUUUAUAGAAAGUCGGCGGAAAAGCUGAGAAGAGGCGCGCAAACACAAAUCCAUCGCUUCGCUCAACCGAGUGCGCCUCUUUUUUAUGUAAAUACCCUACUUAUGGUACAUACAUAUGCGUUUGUAUGUGUCCGUGUGUGUGCUUUUGUAAAUUAAUUUUAAGUGCAUAAAUUCUUUUUUUGCGUUGUUGUUUUUUUGUGUUUUUCUUUUUUUUUUGCUGUUGAAAAUGCAUACCCGCAUUCGUGCACCGUCUUUGCCGCAACUUUGCUCUGCGCACACACCACCCUCCACGCCCUGCACGCCGCCCAUCUAUGGCAGCGUUGGCAACUUCGCCAACUUUGGCAACUCGAGCAUGGCGCUGCAUUCGCCGUUCUCAGCGUCGUCAAUCUCGCUAUCGCCUAAAUUCCCAGCGAAUUAUGUCAGAAGCGAAAAGAUAAAGCUCAAAAAAGUGCUCGGCCUCACAGUUUGCAGCAAUGCCGCCUUGGAUGUUUCGCCCGUUAGCGGUCUCUUGGCCUAUCCAGCAGGCUGCACUGUCGUCCUGUUCAAUGCGAAACGCCAAACACAGGCCUACCUGGUCAACACAUCCCGCAAACCAUUCACAUCGGUCGCAUUCUCACGCUGCGGCCGUUAUGUCGCCACCGGCGAGUGUGGCAUCAAUCCCGCCAUCAAAGUUUGGGAGCUAGACUCGCCGAAUGGCAACCUCGAGCACACCACCGGCGGCAAUGUGGUGGCGGAAUUCUUCGAUCACAAAUAUGCCGUCACAUGUGUGGCCUUCUCACCCACCGGCAAGUACCUGGUAUCGAUCGGUUCACAACACGAUAUGAUUGUGAAUGUAUUCGACUGGCGGUCGAAUCAAAAGAUGGCCUCGAAUAAAAUCAGCUCCAAAGUGUCGGCGCUAAGCUUUGCCGAGGAUGGCAGCUACUUUGUCACAGUGGGCAAUCGUCAUGUCAAAUACUGGUAUAUGGAGGGUGGACGCAGGUACAAGGAUCCCAUACCGUUGAUGGGUCGCAGUGCCAUAUUGGGUGAUUUGCGUGACAAUGACUUUUGUGCGGUCGCCUGCGGCAAGGAUGAGACUAAGGAUCGCACAUAUGCCAUUACCCGACAGGGUCAUUUGGUUGAGUUCAGUUCACGCCGUUUGUUGGACAAAUGGGUGCAGUGUCGUACGACGAGCGCCAAUUGUCUAACGGUGAAUGCGCGCUUCAUACUCGUCGGUUGUGCCGAAGCCAUUAUACGCAUUUUUAAUGCCGCCACAUUGGAAUAUGUGACGACAUUGCCGCGUACACAUUAUCUGGGUGUGGAUGUGGCGCAGGGUAUACAUAUCAAUCACAUUAUGACUGUACCACCGCAUGCCAAAUAUCCGGAUUGUGUGGCGAUGGUUUAUGAUGAGCAGCGAUCGAAGGUCAGUUGUGUGUACAAUGACCAUUCGCUCUAUAUUUGGGAUAUGCGGGAUAUAAAACGUGUGGGCAAAUCGCACUCUUUUCUCUAUCAUUCCACCUGCAUUUGGGGCGUGGAAACUGUGCCAUACAAUAUGGAGCGCGAAUUGUCGGACACACUGCCCGAAGAGUCGUUUGUCACGUGCUCCUCGGACGAUACGAUUCGCGUGUGGGGUCUUGAUGGCUGCACAAACACGGAAAAUUAUCGUAAAAAUAUCUACUCCAAGGAACUGUUAAAAAUUAUGUACAUCGACGAUGAAAUGAAUUUUAUCAAGGAUCAAGAUCUUUCGGGCGAUAAAAACUCCAAUACCGCCUAUGACGGUCGCAAUGGUGUACGCUGCAUACGAAUUAGUCCGGAGUUGCAGCAUUUGGCCAGCGGCGAUCGUUGUGGCAACAUAAGAAUCUAUAAUUUGGCGAACACAAAGCUCAUCAUGACAAUUGAGGCACACGAAUCGGAAGUGCUGUGUCUUGAGUAUUCGAAUGAGAAGAUCGAACGGAAGUUGUUGGCGAGCGCGAGUCGCGAUCGUCUAAUACACGUAUUCGAUGUGUCACAAGAUUAUUUGCUGCUGCAGACAUUGGACGAUCACUCGUCCUCCAUAACAUCGAUCAGAUUUGUGGGAUCCGGUCUCAAUUUCCAGAUGAUUUCUUGUGGUGCCGACAAGUCGAUAAUGUUCAGAACAUUCCAGGGCAACAUUUUCCUGCGCGGCACAAAUACCUCCGGCAAAACAACGUUGUAUGACAUGGAAGUGGACUCAAAUGCCAAACACAUACUCACCGCCUGCCAAGAUCGCAAUAUACGCGUCUAUGGCACACAAAACGCCAAACACACAAAAACCUUCAAGGGUUCACACUCGGACGAGGGUAGUUUGAUUAAGCUCAGCCUCGAUCCCAGCGGCAUUUAUGUGGCCACCUCGUGCACAGAUAAAACGCUUGCAGUCUACGAUUACUAUUCCAAUGAGUGUAUGGCACGCAUGUAUGGCCACAGUGAGUUGGUUACUGGACUCAAAUUUACCAACGACUGCCGCCAUCUCAUCUCGGCCAGCGGUGAUGGCUGCAUUUUUGUGUGGCAAGUGCCACACGAUAUGAUUGUCACAAUGCAAGCGCGUCUCUCACAACAGCGACUACGUUCUGGUCAUGCGCCGCUACCACCACGUCCCGGUUCAAUUAUCGCCACGCCAGAGGGCAUCAUAGUCGAGUCGCCAACACAUGAAAUGGAAGAAACAGCAACACCACACAAAUUCAUCGCAUCGCCGUCAAUGUUCACCGAGGAGCCGGCACUGACGCCGGGCUAUAAAUUUUCGGACGUUGGUCAAUUACCGCAAUGGGCGAAACGAAAGGCUGCGGCAAAUGCUGAUGAGAGCGUUGGCGUCUCCAUACCUGGCUCAACCGUCUCCGCCAUGCAGUCUGCCUCGUCAACAUCCAAUUUGAGUUCAUCACCUAGCCAAUUAGGUGUUGGUGGUGUGCCGCGUGCGCGUGGCCGUUGGGCGCAACGUGGACCAUUCGAUCCGGACGAUUUGCGUUCGAAUUCGGAAAGUCCUUUGGGCACUAUAACUUCGAGCGUUGGUGGUAUGGGCGGCGUGGGUGGUGGUGUUGGUGUCGUUGUGAGUGGCGGUGGUAUGGGCAAUACACAAACAUCCGACUACAAUAGCGCAUCGUCCAAGGACAUUAUGUAUAACCAGACUUACCUCAGUGAAGAUUCGUCAAUUGACUCCGGCAUGGAAACGCGUCGUGAACUGAAAUUCAUUGGCAGCAAUAAUAGCGGUACAGUGCCUGCGGUGACCGGCAGCAAUGGUGGCACAGCGGCCAAUCGCUUGGCGCCUGAGAAACGCAAGCCCGGUUUACGUUUCGAUCCACAAUCCAAUGAGCAUGAUGGCGAUGUCGAGGAUAUUUCGGAUGGCGAACGCACCAGUUCAGAUCACGGCAUGUUCUACAACAACAUAUCGCCCAGCACGCCAACUGACUUCAAAGUGACCGCCAUGAAUGAGGAUGAACUGCGCAAAUCGAUGCGUAGACAGAAAUUCGAUAAAGCCGGUCUGACACUGCCCGGCAAUGGCAGCACACACACCGCCAGCACUGGUACCGGCACCGGCACCUCAGACACCGAAGACGAAGGCUCAACACCGAGCGCUGAGAAUGCCGAGCGUUCGCUGGCGUCCACCUUGGGCGGCAGCUCGGAGAGUAUACCACAAGCGGCAAGCAGUUUCCUGCAGGCCGCCUUGCCCGAGGGUCCUGGCAGCAUGCUAGAGCGCGGCAGCACAAAUCGACGCAGUAUUAGUGCCAAACAUAAUACAGAGAACGGUAAGCCUGUUUCCAGCGCGUCCACUAUCACCAAGUCGUUCACCAGCACGAAGAAGGACGAGCUGCUGAAGGUGAUCAGCGAAGUCAAACAGCAAUUGGAAAAUGGCGCACGUAAAAAUGGAGUUAAGAGGUUGAAUGCAAUACCGGAGGUCGGCUAUCGCUCGCUGCGUGGCAGUCAUAGCAUUUCGGAUCUAAGUCUAGCGGGCAAUAUGGAUAAUGCUUCGAGAUCGGCGGCUGCCGCUAAUCGUUAUGCAAAGACAGAAUCAGUAGCUCCUCUUAAUGAACCCCCACAGUACGCUAGCUAUUAUAACUCCCCAUUACAACAACAAACAUUACCGACACCACAACAACAGCAACAGAUGUCGCCACAAACGCAACAAAUGUCUGCACCACGACAAUUCCAAACUUCACCACAGUAUCCAACUUAUCCACGUUCACCGCUCCAACAAUCGUUUAGUCAAGAACAACAACAGACACCACAACAUUUCUUCAAUUGCGCUGCAUCGCGUUCGGUGCUGCAACAAAGCUGUCAAGCUAUGCGUCAAGUGCAACAACACUAUCCACCAUAUCCACAUCACGUUGGUGUACACCAAAUACAUCCACCGCCUGGCGUACCCUUCAUGGCGCCCAAUGCGCGCAACACCACACCACGCACGCAAGCGCAACUCAGUGGCAAACAGUCGGGCGCUUUCAAUAGCUCGACGCUGCCCGCACAAGGUCAGCAUACGCGCGUCAAACGCAAUCCGGCGGGCAAUGCGCGUCGCACGCCCAGCAUACUGAAGCAUUACAAAUCGUGUCCGGUAUCGCCGGUGCACGAGGAGGUCGAAUGGUCGGCGGAUAACAAGAGCAGCAUCAUAAUAACCGAACCGAAGCGCCACUCGGUAUACGCGGAGGAUGCGCGCACCAUACUCGACAUGAUACAGGCCGAUACCGAGAAGAUGAUCGAGGAGAUACAGAAAAAGUAUGGUGAUCUGGAUGAUAUCGGUGUCGAUUUAUAUGACGCCAAAUUGGGCGGACGCUAUUCGCAACUUGUGACUUCACAAUCGGUGCCAUCCUGUCUUUCACCACCUGUGUAUGCGACAGGCAGGCAGCCGCCUUUAGUAGCACCCACAGCUGGGCCGCACCUCACACAUACGCUACCCUAUCAAAUGCACUCACCCGGCGCGCUGACACCGCCAAAGCGUGCAGUGUCCGAGUACUACAUCUAUCAGGAAUUCUAUCAGUGUCAUCGUAAUGUUUCGCUCUCGGAUAUAUUGGCGCCUGAACAGCAGGCAGAGACGCGACGCAUCGAGGAAGCGCGUUUUCUCGAAACACAGCGGCACUCAAGCGCCAGUUUCUUUCUCACCUCGCAAUUUGGCGAGCGCAAGAGUCAGGAGUCGCUGCUUUCCGAUGAGUUUCUGGAUGAAGGCAGCUACUGCAACAGCAUGGAGAGCAUACUCUCGGAUGAAAGCGAUUGCAAGAGCGCGCCUAUGGAAACGCAAGUGCAACGUCAUGCUGGCAUACGCAACUUCAUUUUGCAUGGCCCGGUGAGCGCCGCGGCUGCCAACACCACACAACUGGUGACCAAGUCGUACGGUUCCAGUCCAAAUGCUUAUGGCAGCUUUGAUUACUACAUGCAACAGCGUAAUAUGCAGCAUUCGCCGUUGCCUUAUGAGAGCUUUGACGUGUCCAGCUAUAAUUUGGAGAAUUUCAAAGCCGAAAGUGUGCGCACCAAAACGCCAAUAUUGCAAAAGAAACUGCCCAACUCGAAAACAUAUCCACGAAUAGCUGACACGCCGAGCCGCACAGCUGUCGGCGUCAAAGCGGAAGAUAUACCGACGCUCAGCUCUAAGAAUAAGCAAUACAAUUCGGGUGUCAACAAGAGUCUGAGUCAGGACUUUGCGCAACAGCGUCUACAACGCACCACCAAUCCGCUACAAAUGGAGCGCAACACUUACGAUGACAAGCUCUUCACAAAGAAGACGGUGAAACCGAAACCACCUGUGCCAGCAAAGCCGCAAAAUCUCGUCUCAACACUCACGUCCACUGUAGAGACGGCGCAUGCUAGCAGCGCGCCCAGAGACACCGCGCCCAAGUACUGCGCCUUCGAUGUGGACACCACCGAUGUGCGCUGUCAGUCGCGCACCGCCAGCGUCGUGCGUAAAUUCGAGCGCAACCUACAAAAAUUCGAGCGCGAAAAGCAAGCCGAGUUGCAAACCAAAAAAGCGAGCGGCAUGCGUCCAUCUGUGAGCAGUGGCGCGCUUACCACACACAGUUGUUUGAAGAAAGUAUCGAAAUUCGAUACGAAUGUCAAGAAUGCGCCAGCAUCGCGACGCGCAACAAGCAUGCGAACGCGCGGUCGCCCCAAAGUAGCGGUGCGCUUCAAUACAGUCUCACAAAUCAAGUACACGCCCAGCGAGAAGCGCUCGUCCUCAUGCAGCAGCGGCAGCACCGCGUCCGCCUAUUCUGCCUGCGCGACAAUGGAGCGUGAAACCGCCACGUGUCCGCUAAACGAUAUCAAUCGCAAUGUCGAGUCACCACCGCCCAUUGUAGGCAGUCUGCCAAGCGAUUAUGGUGGUGAGCGCUCCUUCGAAAUGUACAUAGCCGAAAAUGGCAAUGAACAUGAAAAUAUGAAUAUGGACAGUCUAAAAUUAUACACCAAACCCGAACUGCAAGCAGUCGUCGACGAGAUACAGCAGGAGCGCGAACGCGAUGCCAAGCAUAAAAAGAAUAUGGCCAAUGUGGAGAAGACAACUGCAGCCGAUACGACUACCAGUAAUCAGUGUAAAAAUAUUGCCAAAAAAAUCGAUAUCAUACAAAAAUUAAUCGAAAUGGAAGAGCGCAAGCUGGAGCAAAUACGCAUUGCCACCGAGUCGCGCAUGCGUCCCUUCGAAUGCAACUCCAAGCAGAAGGGUUAUGUGAAGAGUUUAACGAUGAACUUCGAUAUGCUCGCCAAAGGUAUCGAGAAGGACAUCGAGAAUGAGCAACGGCGCAUACGUGCCGACAGUAAUGAUGCGGAUUUGUGCGCCUAUGCGCGUCACAUCAAGCGCAAUAUUAGUUUGCCCGAUGUGCUGGAGCGCACCGAUCUCUUUGGCAAGUCGCCGCCGGCUGCGCAGUCCUCCUCGACAGAUGAGGAUGAAGUUGAGCUGGCGAAGGAGGUGAAGGCCGACUCGGAUGUGGAGGCGGCCGACGAUGUGGUGGAACAUGAGAGCGAGAAGAUGCGCAUUGAUUUCGAUGAAAAGGAUCGAGGUUUGCUGCGUGCGUUCACAUAUAAUAUUAAAGACUGUCCACAAAACGAUAUAACCGCUAUAAAGUAUUCGGUUGUGUCCGAUCAAAGUACUCCGGGCAAGUCAAACGGCAGUCAAUUGAAAAAUCCCGGUGUGGUUUAUCGCAACAGUACAACAACCAGAUCGGCGAAUAAGCGCAAUAGUUUGCAGCUGAAGAGCUCUGCUGUCGGUUUGGGUGCAUCGAGUUCAUCCAUUGGUGUGCUAAAUCAAGCGAGCGAUUCUGAAAACGAAGACAGCAAUCGUGGCCGAAGCACUGGCAACAACCAAAAUCGCAGCAAUGGUCCCACAGCCGCCAAUCGUCAGUAUGCCAACAAGAAUUCGAAUGCCAACAACAAUCGACGAAAAGGCUUGCAGCCUAAUUUCAGUAAUGCCGCGCCUCUGCAAGAUGACUCCAGCUCCGAGGAGACACCCGCCGGCACGUCCAACUCCAAACCAAUAGUGCCACCACGCCCGCGCAAUUUAACAUUUGAUCACAAGAGCAAGGUGCUCAACAGUCCGAAUGUGAUGAAGCAGCGUGGCGCAUUUGAGGCGCCCGAAUUUGGCGCACUGGAUGCAAGUGAUCCGAAAUCACAAGUGCACAAUGUGAUCAACAAUUUGUAUACAACAACACAAACAGUCAUGCAACUGCAUGCGAAUCUGAAGAAUUGUGAGGACUCACUGAUGCUAAAGGAACUGGAGAACGCUGUGAUUAUGACACAAAACAUGCUGACAAACAUUACACAAAACAAAAACGACAAAAACAAUUCACAACAUAGUCACGCCUACACAACCACUGAACAGGCGAAUCUAGACAACGGCGAUUACCUAAUGAUGGUGAACAAUUGCGCCGAUCUUUUAAGCAAUUUCCGUAUGAAGCACAAACUCGAUGACUGUGAGAAUAACUCCUAGUGUAGUAAUAGUGGCACUAGCAGCACUGGCGGAGCAUCCAGCACAUAAGCAUAAGAAAGCAGCAAAAAUGAAGAAAAUAUAUAGCAGCAGAAUUAAAAUUGAUUUAAAAAAAAAUGAAAAAAACAAUGGCAGCCAAACUAAUAAGUGAAAUUAAACGCAAGAAGAAAUGAAAUGAAAGUGAGAAGCGCGAAAUGAAAGCGAGCAAACGAAAGCGAUAAGCAAGUGUCUGAAUGUGUCAACUCCAUUUUGGAGCUCUACUAAUAAGCAUACUAAUAAUAAUAAUAAUACUAAAAUUAAUGAGUUAUGUAAGCUAAAUAAAUUUCUUAGUAUUAUGUCCUUAGAAUUUGUAAGCGAAAAAGUGCAACAUUGCAGUGCGUUGUAUGUGUAGUUGUAGACUUUAAUUAAUUUCACUUCAACUAAAGCGCUGUAAUUGUAACGAGACACCAACAACUAAUAUUUAAUAAACAACAAACUAAAACAACUAAAAAUAUGAAAACAAUACAAAAUAGGCCUAAAAUAUAAGUGAAAAGCAUAAUUUAAGGCGCACAUGCGCGCUGUGCAAAAACUAAAAGCGAGUAAAAUAAAAAAGUGAUUUGCUUAUUACACACACAUACAUACUUAUUUACUGGCUUGCAAACAGAAAAGCAAAAGUUGUGUAUAAACUAAGUUAAUUUUUUUUUUAACAUUUUUUUG